AUGUUUAAGAAACUCCGUCUCCGUAAGACUUUAGUCAAAACAUCUGCGCUCGAGGACACGUGUAGUCACAUCAACGUCAGUAACGUCUACAGUAUCAAAUAUAGACUCUUACGAUUUCUCUCUCUCCCUCUCUCUCUCCAAGAAAGUAAGCGAGUGAAGAAAAUGCAUUCUAUCGCGUUUUAUCUCCUCCUCCUUAUCUCGUUCACCGCCAUAGCUAUCCCUCCGACCACCUCCGCAACGACGAUCGGAGUCACCUACUCAACCCCAGCGUCCAUCUCCGGCUCCGUUAUGCUAUCGCCGGACAGAAUCGCCGCGAAGGUUGUUUCGAUGAAGAUUCCGGCGGUGAGGCUCCUCGAUUCGAAUCCGGCGAUGAUUCGCGCCUUCGCCUACACCAACGUCUCUCUAUUCCUCUCUAUCCCCAAUCCUCUGGUUCCUCUCCUCGCUUCCAAUCGUUCGCUCGCCAUGCGCUGGGUCUAUCGCCAUGUGCUUCCCUUCUACCCUCGCACCAAGAUCUCCAUAAUCUCCGUCGGGAACGACGCGAUUUCGUACUCGCCGGAUGUUUCCCCUUUCCUCCUCCGGGCGAUGCAGAACGUUCAUCUAUCUCUCACAGAUCUGAGAAUCUACAAGAUCUCGGUGUCCACGACGUUCUCUUUCUUCAACAUCGUCCCGACGGCUUUCCCUCCUUCGUCGGCGCAGUUCCAACAACCUAACGGAGAAGUGAUAAUCAGACCGAUUUUGCAAUUCCUCGAGAGAACCAACUCAUCUUUCCUCAUCAAUCUCUUUCCCUACAACAUGUAUCGGUCCAGCUUCUCUAUUCCAAUCGGAUUUGCUCUUUUUGAAGAGUUCCCUUUCAAUUUCAGAGACGAUCUCACCACCGGAGUUAGAUACCGUAAUCUCUUCGAUAUGAUGGUAGAUGCUGUGAUCAGCUCCAUGGCCGUCAUGGGCCACGAGAAUCUUCCGGUGAUUGUGGCGGAGACUGGUUGGCCUAGCUCGGGAAUCGAUUCUAGUGAAGUUGAUGCGACGUUGCUGUACAGCGAGAUGUUCUUGAAAGCACUGUUAGCUCACCUGAGAAGCGGAUCUGGGACACCAUUGAGGAAAGAAGGUGUUUCAGAGGUUUACAUUUUUGAGCUCGUUGAGAAAGACGCUAAGCAAGGGAUCAGGAACUGGGGACUUCUGCAUCACAACAUGACUAACAAGUACAGCUUUGAGUUCUCGGAUGGAGGCAAAGCAAGAAGAUUGCUUUUGAUUGGAUUCUUUUUGGAGCUGGUGAUGCUUUGUCUGUUGAUGUAGACGAGAGAGAAAAAUGCUAAUCAAAUCCAGUGGAGUUGCAGCACACCAAGAAUCAUUUGACAGAGCAACGAUGCCUAGUUAUCUUAGC